AUGAAAUCCCCUUUUGCCAGGUUUGAUGGGCCCAAGAGCCACGGCAGAUCCUGUGGCCUUGGAAACUCCCAGAGGGAAUAUGAAAGGCAGGUUGUGCUCUACAGCAUCCGCAAUCAGCUCCGAUACCGCAAUAACUUAGUUAAGCAUGUCAAGAAGGAUGAGCGCAAAUAUUAUGAGGAUCUGCUGAAAUACAGUCGAGACCAUCUCAUGUUAUACCCUUACCAUUUGUCUGACAUCAUGGUGAAAGGCCUGAGGAUGACUCCGUUUUCCUACUACACGGGCAUAAUGGAGGAUAUAAUGAACAGUGAAAAAAGCUAUGAUUCAUUACCCAACUUUACUGCUGCUGAUUGCUUGAGACUUCUUGGUAUAGGAAGAAAUCAGUAUAUAGAUCUAAUGAACCAAUGUAGGUCUUCAAAAAAAUUUUUCAGAAGGAAAACUGCCCGUGAUCUGUUACCUGUGAAGCCUGUGGAGAUUGCUAUAGAAGCUUGGUGGGUUGUGCAGUCUGGCUACAUCACAGAGGAUGACAUCAAGAUUUGUACCAUAUCRGAGAAAUCUGCUAUUGAUAAGAUAAUUGAUUCAGGCCCUCAGCUUGCUGGUUCACUGGACUUCAAUGUAGUUCACAGCUUGUAUAACAAAGGAUUUAUUUACCUUGAUGUUCCAAUAUCUGACGACAGCUGUAUAGCAGUGCCACCACUGGAAGGUUUUGUGAUGAACAGAGUGCAAGGUGAUUACUUUGAAACUCUCCUCUACAAGAUAUUUGUUUCCAUAGAUGAGCACACUAAUGUGGCAGAGCUUGCGAAUGUUCUAGAGAUUGACUUAUCUUUAGUAAAGAAUGCUGUGUCCAUGUAUUGUCGAUUAGGCUUUGCACAUAAAAAAGGCCAGGUAAUAAACCUGGAUAAUCUUCAUCCAUCCUGGAAGAACGUUCCUUCAGUAAAYAGACUGAAGAGUACUUUGGAUCCUCAAAAGAUGCUGCUUUCAUGGGACAGUGGGGAAAACAGAAGUCCUGUACAGGAAGCUGGAUCAUCAGCCACAGAUACAGAUACCAACAGUCAAGAUGAUCCAGCUGACACAGCCAGCGUGAGCAGCCUGAGCYUGUCGAGUGGACACCCGAAGCGUAUUGCCUUCCUCUUCGAUUCCACUCUCACUGCCUUUCUAAUGAUGGGAAAUCUUUCACCAAACCUGAAAAGUCAUGCAGUCACCAUGUUUGAAGUUGGGAAACUCUCGGAUGAGUCUCUCGACAGCUUCUUGGUGGAGCUGGAAAAGGUUCAAAGCACAGGUGAAGGGGAAGCACAGAGGUACUUUGAUCACGCACUGACGCUGAGGAACACGAUACUGUUUCUGCGGCAUAAUAAAGACCUAGGGGCACAAGCUGUGCAGCCUGAUCAGCCACAUAACGGGUUUCCUUUGGAUCUCUUACGAUGUGAGAGCUUGCUCGGCUUGGAUCCAGCUACCUGCAGUCGAGUUCUCAACAAAAAUUACACCCUGCUGGUGUCCAUGGCACCACUCACCAACGAAAUUCGACCCAUCAGCAGCUGCACACCCCAGCACAUUGGACCUGCAAUCCCAGAAGUCAGCUCAGUUUGGUUCAAACUGUACAUUUACCAUAUAACUGGACAAGGACCACCUUCUCUCUUGCUCUCUAAAGGAACCCGUCUUCGAAAACUCCCAGAAAUUUUUCAGGGUUAUGAUCGUUUACUGAUAACAUCUUGGGGUCACGACCCAGGAGUGGUUCCUACAUCAAAUGUGCUCACAAUGUUGAAUGAUGCUUUAACACAUUCUGCUGUUCUGAUUCAGGGACAUGGCAUGCAUGGAAUGGGGGAAACCGUGCACAUACCUUUUCCAUUUGAUGAAGCUGAGCAGCAGGGAGACUUCUCUCGUGUGAACAUGGGCAUUCAUACAGCUUUGAGAAUACUGCGAAAAAAGGUAGAUUUGCAGCAUUUUUGUGGCUAUGUCACUAUGUUGAACCCUACAAGUCGGCAGGCUAACAGAAAGCUGAGUGAUUCUUCUGAUGGAAGAGGAGAGACUGAACUCGCAUCAGGCUCUGAUGUAAAUGGGAGCACAGAAUCAUUUGAGAUGGUAAUAGAAGACACUUCAAUGGAUUCUGCAGUCAAGCAAAGCCCUGAAGCACCCACAACAGAACUGGAAUGGGUUCCCCUGGAAUUAUGCUUUGGCAUUCCGCUCUUCAGCGCGGAGCUGAAUCAGAAAGUCUGCAGAAAAAUUGCCACUCAUGGAUUGUGUAGAAAAGAAAGCCUUCAAAAACUCUUACAUUCCAGUAGAAAGCUGUCUCUACAGGUCCUUAAUUUUGUUCAUUCAUUCCAGGAAGGCAUUUCAUCGCUGGAUCAGUUUCCUGAUCCCAGUUCUUCGAGUUCACUUUUGCAGCCGACUUCGGCGGACUCGGGUGUUCCCCUUCCUGCAAAGAAUCUCAUGUUCAAAGAAGGUGUCUUAUCCGAAUGGAACGGCCUCCCUUCCUCAGUUUUUAUUUCGAGCACAGCUAACGAGCGGGUCAAAUAAAUAGGGAUUCCUGUGCGUUGAUCACUAAAUGCCUUUCUUCAGUUAAUUUAUAGUGCCAACCACUAAGAAGUGUACUGCUGCUGCAGCAUAAUCCAUGUGAAAGUAGUGUUACAAAAAUGUCUUGUGUUGCAGUAUUGGGGAAAUGCUAAACUGUCUAGAACAUGUGACUCAUUACUGCAUAUCUUGCUGCAACAGAGAGCUUUUUAGCUGUCAGCACUGUAUUUUUAUCUCGAGACAAUCUUUGUUUUAUAACGAAACACGCCCUUUCUAGGCUUUCGGAUUGUUAACUUUCUAUGCUGUCACCACAAAAUUGCAAUAGUAGUUUUCUAUGUUCGUUAUUCAGACAUAAAUUCUGUUUAGUUUUAUACUGUAUUACUGAAAAUCUUUCUGUACAAAGGAAAGAGAUUUGGCUCUUCCGCUGAAAGCUCAGUGAUACCAACUAUUUAAAAAAAUGUAUCAUGAUGAUAUGGGGCAUUAAGAAUCGUUGAAUUAUGUAGUUCAGCUUAACACUGAGGCCUUGACAAGUCAGCACAAUAGGAAGGGAUUUGUUCCUUCUAGAAGGCYGAGUUGAUGCAGACUCGAUGACCUGCUGGUGGCUUCAGGCCCCUCUGGGAAGAGUGGAGCUGUUUCAUCCUUGGCAUAACUGAAUGGAGGUCUGGAAUUAUGGAAAGCUGAACUGAUGGRCUCUGUUCAUGAGGCUCUGUACGAUAAUGGGUUUGUAUCACUCUUGGUAUGAAACGAGGACUUUGGGAGACCCAAGCACAAUGGGAGUAGCCCUUGUUAUUUGAAGUUGUUGAUGAUUGCUGUGAAAAAUGCUUCAUGUCAUAAAUUGACUUUAAGGUACAUAAAUAGAUCUGUUCGUGUUGAUUAAUGUUUGACUGAAAGAGCAGAGCUCUUGAUUUUCCUAUGAAAGUCAUUAGUGAAGGAACGUAACAGUAGGGGAUCUGUAGGCAAAGGCUUCUCUGAAUCUGUUUUUUCCUGGAACCAUUAGCUGUUCAUGAUAACAACCAUUAAAGCUGAGGCAUUUCACCUAAAACCAUGUAGAGACUGUACUUGUAGGGGACUGAUUUUGUGCAGUAUAACUUCAUUUUGCUCAUAAUUUGUUGCUCACGUUAAAAAAAAAAAAUCUGUUCCAUUUAACAUACUAGGAGAACAAGAGAUGUCGAAUAUGAAGAGUUUUCACACAGGUUUCUAAAAUACUCUGCCAGCUCUCUCCUUUUCUGGAACCUCCAUUGUUUUAUAUAGUCAUAAUUAAAAAUAAGACUUAACCGUCUUGUCAUUUGUAGUCUCCGUUACCCAAUGGACUAAGAGAUAGUGGCACAGAUUAUGCAGGGAAAUAGCCAGGAGGAGAAUGGCAGCAUUUGGGUUUGGAUCCUGUUCUGUUUGGCUGGAAGAAUAAACAUGAUGUAAGCUCAAAAAGCAAAAAUCUACCAUAAUAACAAAAAUGUACCACAAUAGCAAAAUACAGCGACUCCACUUAGAACCGUGAAAAUUCCAUUCUUCUUCUCUCUCUUGUUUUAUAAACAUUCCUAAAGUGCAAGUGAGGGACUUGCACCCAGAGUAACUGGAAGUCAGUUGUGCUUCAGUUCACUCAGUGCUGCUCUUGCAUCUGUUUCCUUUUUAUGUAUUUUACCAACAGCAGCUUACUUAGUAUUCUACAUAAAGAGCUGGAUUAUAUGAAGCUAGUUAUUUACACUAUGGUGACUUUUGUACAGGUAGUGUGAACUCCGUGUGUUUUUUAGUUAUUGAUUGUCUUAUUUCCUUCAAAGGAAACUAAAAAAGAAAUAAGUGUUUAGGGGAAGUGGCACAAAAAAGCAGAUUUACCAUAAAAAUUAUUGUAUGGAGUUUCAGUGUCAGGAACUAAAGGUAGAUGAUGAUUUACACUAGAUGGAGGUUUACACUUUCAGUACUGUGGACGUUACUUAAAAUACUACAGCCAGCUGUAAUAGGUGAGUUAGUCUGGCAAAAUCCAUUAGAUGCUGCCAUGCACACUGUCUGUAUGGAAUAUAUACAGUGGUGAUAGCUCAAGUUAAAUUUGUUGUAUGGAAGUUGGGGAAUGGAUAAAGAAAUUUUUGUUCUCACUGUAUAUCCUUCCCUCUUAUUGGCUGAGACUUUGUUAUUA